AUGUUAGGCACCAUUCUCAAAAAUGGGAUGGAAGGAUUAAAAUGGAAUGACAUGGGAGCGGAGUUGAUGGCCGACAGCUUUGUUCCUCUGAUGACAUCGUUCUUACAACUUCUAGCGUCACCAAGGCAGAUGAUAAUGCUGGUUGAGUUCGAUGGAAAGCAGGGAAUAGAUAAAUCCGAAUGCUCCAUCCAUGCAUAUCUAAGUAGAGAAAUGGACAAAAUGCUAGAUCAGACCUUCGAGCGAGGUGGCGAAAAACAGGCUGCUUGGGAAGCAUGUAAGAGCGUCGAGGCAAGUAUUGAAGAAUACCAGGAACAAGCGGCUCCGUGCUCACCUCUUUAA